CAAAAAGGCGUUGUUUUUGUGUAGGCGGAAAAGAAAUAUUUAGGUCAGAUUUAAAGAAAGAAUUAUGUGGCUUUCUAUAACCAAACCCAUCUAAAGACAUCGCAGUUUGAUUGAGAUAUGCUCUGGUGCAUAUUUGUGCGCAGUUGAGCACCGCUUUGCCGUUGUGCGCAGUGAGGUCAACAUCGCGCCGCGUCUGCGCAGGUCCGCGGGAUCAGAGGAGCUGUGCAGGAGCUGUGAGUUGGUAAAUAAGAGCUGACCUCGUGGAGAAGAGGGACAAACUGGAUUAGCAGAAGUGUGACCAGCAGACAGCUUAUUGCGGGUCUACUAUGCUAUACAAUUAACUAAACCGAACGAAGGCCUCAGUCAGUGUUGUACAUGUGCUGUUGAUUUUAGUUAUCCCUGAGUGACCUCCCUGCUGCUGACAUUAACAGGACACGAAAACUGCAGACUCUUCACUUCGGCUGUUGUUUAGUCCGUGAUGGCAACUGACAUGAUUCUGUUGAUGCGAGGCUUGGCUAAAUUAAGCCAGGCAGUGGUAGAGACUCAGACCAAUGUCUUACGCAGUGAGGCAGUGCCAGUGGUCGGGGCAGCAGUGGAAACUGUCCAGUCUGCUGCCGAACAGGGUCUGUCUGCUGCAGUGAUGAAGAUGCAGGAGAUGAGUGGCCAGCAAACCUCCUCAACUUCAUCUGAAUUUGACUUCCCUGAGGAUGAUGGGACAUUUCAGGCCUCAGAGUUCAGGGAAGAAGGUGGUGGGCAUUCAGGAAGUGGAGAGGAAGGAUCAGCCAAUCAGAAUGCAGCUAUGGGAGGAAAUCACUCAAUAUUUGAAGGAUAUAAAGAUCCAUCAAAACAGUUCACAGAUCAAACCAGAUCCUAUCACCUCGACUCAGGGAGGCACUUUUUGCCCAACCAUAAUUUGUACACCCAGAGGCAUUUGUGGGGACAGAUGUUGUGUCAGCAUUCGAUCAGGCAGCUCAGGAGCUACCACCAAGACCCCUCCACUGUUGGGGGGCUGACAGCAGAGGACAUUGAGAAAGCCAGACAGAGCAAGAGGACAGACGCUAAACCACACAAACAAAUGUUGAGUGAGCGAGCCAGAGAGAGGAAAGUGCCUGUGACCCGACUUGGAAGAUUGGCCAACUUUGGAGGGCUAGCUGUUGGUUUGGGUUUUGGAGCUUUGGCAGAAGUGGCUAAGAAAACCAUUCGACAAAAUGGUGCUGAAGGUGAACAAAAGAAAGCAGUUUUGGAUUCAAGUCCCUUCCUGUCUGAGGCCAACGCUGAACGCAUCGUUCGGACUCUGUGUAAAGUCAGAGGAGCUGCAUUAAAGCUUGGACAAAUGCUUAGCAUUCAAGAUGAUGCUUUUAUCAACCCACAACUCGCCAAGAUUUUUGAGCGUGUGAGACAGAGCGCUGACUUUAUGCCAAUCAAACAAAUGACGAAAGCUUUAAACAAUGACUUGGGUCCAAAUUGGAGAGACAAGCUCGAGGCUUUCGAGGAGCGUCCCUUUGCAGCAGCCUCCAUUGGGCAAGUGCAUUUGGCCCGGAUGAAAGAUGGAAGAGAGGUGGCCAUGAAAAUACAGUAUCCCGGUGUAGCUCAAAGUAUCAACAGUGACGUCAACAACCUGAUGACUGUGCUGCACAUGAGCAACGCUUUGCCUGAAGGCUUGUUUCCAGAUCACCUCAUUGAUGUGAUGAGAAAAGAGCUUGCACUGGAGUGUGAUUACAUCAGAGAAGCUCAGUGUGCAAAGAAGUUUAAGGAGCUGCUUAAGGAUCAUCCAUUCUUCUAUGUGCCUAAUGUAGUUGAUGAGUUAUGCAGCACUCAUGUCCUCACCACUGAACUUGUCCCUGGUUUUCCCCUGGACAAAGCCGAGACUCUCUCCCAGGAUCUGAAGAAUGAGAUCUGUCACAAUAUCUUGAUGUUGUGUCUAAGAGAACUGCUUGAGUUCCGCUACAUGCAAACCGACCCAAACUGGUCCAACUUCUUUUACGAUCCUCAAACACACAGGGUGGCACUGUUGGACUUUGGAGCUACAAGAGGAUUUGACCAGAGCUUCACUGACCUCUAUAUAGAGGUGAUCCAUGCAGCGGCUGAAGGCAACAGAGAGGGGGUUUUACAGAAAUCUAUUGACAUGAAGUUUUUGACUGGAUACGAGUCUAAGCCGAUGAUAAACGCUCACGUGGAUGCUGUGAUGAUCCUGGGGGAGGCUUUUAACUCGAGCGAGACCUUUGAUUUUGGCUCUCAGUCGACCACGGAGCGCAUCCACAACCUGAUCCCCGUCAUGCUCAAACACAGGCUCACCCCGCCCCCCGAAGAGACCUAUUCCCUGCACAGGAAGAUGGGUGGCUCCUUUCUCAUCUGCUCCAAGCUAAACGCCAAGCUCAGAUGCAAGGAUAUGUUUCAGAACGCCUACAGCAAGUACUGGGAGGGGAGGACCAAACCCUCUAAUUAAGAAGAUGAAAUGAAAUUGCAUAAAUGCACAAACUGGGGCCAAAAGUAAAGCCACUGAAAGAAUAUCAACAGGGACAGUAGAUACGAUUCCUGCCUGCGACUGUUUUCCCCAUUUUGGGCAUCUCACUACCGAAAGACAAUGUAGCACAAUUUCCAGUUUUAGAUUUUAAACAAGGGAGCAUCCAGCAAUAUUGGAAUUGAUUUUUGUUUGAGAAUUUAUUGUAGAAUAUAUUUGAUUUGAAUGUAUUUUUCUUGAAGGUACAAUUGCUUUUUGUUGCAUUUGCGUUGCUGUGUUAAGUAAUUAUGAAAUGUUUUGCUUUAAGCAUGCAAAAUGUAUUGUUUCCAAAAAUGUCUGGGAAACUAGGAAAUUGACAAAAAAGAUAAAAAAGGAUGAUUGUCAGUUGUUGAAGUAUAAUGUGAUUUUCACAAUAUUCUGUUUGUUUUUAUGGCAAACUGUUAUAUUUGAGAUAAGCAGGGUUUAAGGUAAAGAUGCUGCCUAGAGAGCUUCUUAUGAGGGCUUCUUCAUUGUUUUUUGUUUCACUGUCCAGAAUGGUCACCAUCACAAAUGCAAAUCAUUGUAUAUUUCAACUAACCUGUUAAAACUAAUGCCUCAGUUUUAAAACCAAAGUAAUAUUUUCCUACCUUGUGAAUACUGUAAAAUGCUAAAUGAAUACAGUCUGGUUGGAAUCAUGCUCACUAAUGUAUAUGAAUGAACUGUCCUUAAAUAUCAUCUGAGAGUGUGCAGUCCUCCAUAACCUGCAAAAUGUGUCUGUAGUCUUCUACUCCACAGAUCCAAAAUGGUGUGGUUCAAGUAGUUUUCAGUGGCAGAAUUUUAGGCGUAAUUCUUAACAGUGCCUGUGCUUUAUUGAUUUAGCAAGAUAUACCUAUAUUUUUGUUAAUAAAAUAUAAUGAUUUUUGUUAAUCUAAUGCAUUUGCCUGAAGUUUAUCAAUUAAUUUUGAUGCAUUUCUUGUGUGUAUGAUGAUGAAAUAAUUAAAGAAGGCCUAUGCAGUA